AUCUAACAAUAUGGCCUUUUCUACUUCUAUUCCUCUCCUAAUUCUCCCCUUCCUCUCCCUCCUCCAUUUCUCCUCCGCCGACCAACCCCUUCCCUUCAAAUACCACGGCGGCCCUCUUCUCGCCGGCGACAUCACCGUCAACCUCAUCUGGUACGGGAAAUUCAGCCCCUCCCAGAAAGCCAUCGUCGUCGAUUUCGUCGCUUCCCUCUCAAAUUCCAGGCCAAUUUCCCCUGCCCCCUCUGUUUCCACUUGGUGGAACAACCUCAAAAAAUUCUACAGACCAAAAUCCCUCUCUCUCUCAUUGGGCCCCCAGAUUCUGGACCAGAGCCACUCCCUCGGCAAAUCCCUCUCCCAAAAUGACGUUAUUGCCCUCGCCGCGAGGGGUGGCCGGAAAAAUGCAAUCAACGUCGUCCUGACGGCGGCGGACGUGGCGGUUGACGGAUUCUGUUUCAAUAAAUGUGGGUCCCAUGGGUAUUCCGCUGGAGCUCCGAUUGGGGGGAAGAGGUACAAAUUUGGAUAUAUUUGGGUUGGUAAUUCGGAAACCCAGUGUCCGGGGCAAUGCGCCUGGCCAUUCCACCGCCCGGUGUACGGUCCUCAGAACCCGCCGCUGGUGCCGCCGAACAACGACGCCGGAAUGGACGGCGUUGUUAUAAACCUGGCCGCUCUUCUCGCCGGAACCGCCACCAAUCCCUUCGGGAAUGGGUACUACCAGGGCCCCAAGGAAGCUCCGCUGGAGGCGGCGUCGGCCUGCACCGGAAUAUUCGGAAAGGGGUCUUAUCCGGGCUAUCCCGGCGAGCUUCCGGUGGACCCAGCCACCGGAGCCGGCUAUAAUGCGCGCGGUGCCAAUCGCCGGAAAUUUCUGCUGCCGGCGCUGUUUGAUCCUUCCGCCUCCGCUUGUUCUACUCUGGUUUAGCAUCUUGCCUAAACGACGGCGUAUAGAUUAGAUUAGAUCCACAUUCAUUCAUUUGUUCAUUCUAUGAAUUUUUGUAUUCAAUUUUUAUUUUUUGGAAUAGUUCAUUUUAUUGA